GAGAUCUCUUCCAUGAGAACAAGCCCUCGCGGAAGUCCAUGUACCAGGUGAUGCGCUCCAUCCGCAUGAACUGCCUGGGCGACAAGCCCUGCGAGCUGGAGAUGCUCAGCGACGCGAGCGAGAACUUCCAGGGCGCCUUCAACCACGUCAACUACGAGGACCUCGAUAUCAACGUGGCGAUCCCCAUCUUCUCCAUCCAUGGCAACCACGAUGACCCGUCCGGAGAAGGGCACCUGGCCGCGCUGGACCUGCUCCAGGUCUCCGGCCUGAUCAACUACUACGGACGGACUCCAGAAUCGGACAAUAUCCAGAUCAAGCCGGUCUUGCUGCAGAAGGGACGCACCAAGCUCGCUCUCUACGGCAUGAGUAACGUCCGCGACGAGCGUCUAUUCCGCACCUUCCGGGACGGCAAGGUCAAGUUCUACCAGCCUUCCAUCCAGAAGGAUGACUGGUUCAACCUGAUGAGCGUGCAUCAGAACCACUAUGCCCACACCGAAACGAGCUACCUGCCCGAGAAUUUCCUACCCGAGUUCCUGGAUCUGGUGGUUUGGGGCCACGAGCAUGAAUGCCUGAUCAACCCUCGAAAGAACCCCGAAACCAUGUUCCACGUCAUGCAGCCCGGUUCGUCAGUCGCGACAUCCCUGGUCCCAGGCGAAGCAGUGGCGAAACACGUCGCGCUCAUCAGCGUCACAGGUCGGGAGUUCAAAAGCGAGCCGAUCCGCUUAAAGUCCGUUCGCCCUUUCGCCAUGCGCGAAAUAGUCCUCUCCGAGGAGAAAGGAGCCCAAAAACUGGCCCGCAAGGAGAACAACCGCACGGAAGUCACGCGCUUCCUCAUGACCAUGGUCGAGGAACUCAUCGAGGAAGCCAAAACGGAAUGGCUGGAGACGCAGGACGAGGGAGCCGAGGACGGAGCCCUCGAAGUGCCGCUCCCCCUGGUGCGACUGCGCGUCGAAACGUCCACCCCGGAAGGAGGCAGCUACGACUGCGAGAAUCCCCAGCGCUUCUCCAACCGGUUCGUCGGCAAGGUCGCGAACGUGAACGACGUGGUCCAGUUCUACCGCAAGAAGAAGAACGCCAACACGCGCAAGAAGGACACCGACAACGACCUGGACGAGGCGGCCGUCUCUCACCUCUCCACCCUGGACACGGUCAAAGUCGAACAACUCGUGCGCGAUCUCCUCUCCGCGCAAUCCCUGACCAUCCUCCCGCAGAACUCGUUCGGCGACGCGGUCGCCCAAUUCAUCGACAAGGACGACAAGCACGCCCUGGAAAUGUUCGUCAACGAAUCCCUCGACAGCCAGAUCAAGCACCUCAUGAACCUGGACCGCGCCAACGACGAUUAUGACGAAGAAGACGCCGUCCAGAGCUCCCUACAGAAAGCCAUGGAGAAAUACCGCACCCAGAUGGAAGACAUGUUCUCGCGCGGCGUCAAGAAACGCACCCGCGGGAAGAAGCGAUUCAAGCCGAAGCCCGAUGGCUGGGACACCGAGUUCGAUGGCGCCUGGGAAGACCAGCCCGGGGCCCUCAUCCACUCCGACAACGAAGGCGGCGAUCCCAACGAAGACCUCGCCGCCGAAGACGGCACCACCCCUCGCCCAUCCACCACAUCCACCCGAGGCCGGGGCCGUGGCCGCGGCCGCGGUGGCCGAGCAGCUGCCACAACAACCACCCGCAAACCCGCCCCCAAGAAAGCCAUCACUCCCUCCAAAACAGCCAACACCACCACCACCACCACCACCACCAAAGGCCGUCGCCGCCGCGCCAUCUCCGACGACGAAGACGAAGACAACAACGACGUCAUCAUGCUCGACGACGACGACGAUGAUGAUGAUGAUAACAACGCAAACUCAGACCCCGGCGCCGCCCUCGCCAACAUCGUCGAAGAAGACGACGACGAGGAAUCCGACUCCCAAGCCCUCUUCGUCAAACAACCCUCCACCCGAACCCGCAGAGCUGCACCUGCACCCUCCAAACCCAGCACACGCCGCAAAGCCCCCUCCCCCGCCCCGUCCUCAAACACCGUCGCUCCCUCGCGCCGCGGACGAGGAAAACAGACCCAAACCCAGCUGAGCUUCGUCGGCUCGCAGAGUAGUGUGCGUGGGACGGCGGGAUCGCGAUCCACGCGCGCUACGAGAGCCCCCAGCGAGGAUAUCGUUGAUGAUGAUGAUGAUGAUAGUGAUGGGUUUGAGCCGGUGGUGAGUAGUUCGAGGAGGCGGUAGUGGGUAGGCUGUGUGGGCUGUGCCUUGGCGGUCGGUGUAUGGGUAUGGGUAUCUGAGAGAGU